UUAAAAUCAAUAAACGCAGAUAAUUUCAUUAUCAAUAAAAUCAACAAACGCAGCUAUAAUCAUUUAGCGUGGAAUAAUCAAACCAGUAUAAUUUCAAAAAUAGUUUAUUGAUCUAUUUUUUAUUUUCCAACUAAUAAUUUCUCAGAAAUAUAUAUGAAGGAUAUGAUAAAGAUAUCUUCGAUUGUUAUAAAGAUUAAUCGAACGCAAUUUUUCUUUACGCAACAAAAUUAUCUUGUUCAAUCGAAAUAUGAAAUGGAAACAAAAGUAAACAUCAACACAAUGUGUAUUCGUGUUUGAAAUACUUUAAGUACUAGGAUAAAGAUUUCUUUAUCUUGAAUAAAAACCAAAUUAGGCCAAGAUCAGAAGUAAAGUCAUAAAGACACUAUGACUGUGUGACGCGUUCAUGAAAUUGUCAAAUUACCUUUGCGAAUUUCUAUCUGAGAGGAAAAGGAUGAAAGGAGAUACGAGUCAUCUAAAAAUCGUGCAUCAGUUGAUUAACAUAAAGAAAAAAAUGCGAUAUUGUUCAGCCAGUUUCCAAUUUAAUCAUCGUAAUAUCUCUAUAAUGCUCUACACUACUUAUGGUUUUCUUUUCAUAUUGGAAAUUAUCCAGGAAAAUGUUGAAUUUCUUUCAUGCGAAAAGACUGUGAUGUUUGUUGAAAAAGUUUGCAAAAUCCACAAUGAAUUUAUUCAUAAGAUGCGUUUCUCAUUAGAAAGGUGAAUUAUCUGCCGUGUGCAAAUUUAAUAAGUAAAUUAAUUUAUCGAUGAACAUGAAAAAGAAUUCAUCGACAUACUUCGUAUUUUUUUAUUACCUUUUCGCUAUUACUGUGAUUGUUGAUUACAUAUCUGUAAUAAAAAAAAAACUGCGUAUGAGACUUUUUGUUAUUCUAUAUUUACAUGAUUGCCAAGGUGCACUUAUGUAAAUGUGCAAUAGCGGUAUUCAUUUGCAAAAUACAAAUAGAUUAAAGAUGGAAAACAGAUUGAAAAUAGAUAUACUGCUUCUGGUUUCAGAUUGUGUCGAAUCGGAAAUAAAAACGCGCGCAAAUAUUUUCGUCAUAAUUUAUUUUCUAACUAUUUGAAAAAUCUCGCAAUAAUAUUUCACAUUAGUCUUGAUGUGCAAUGUUAGAGAUUUCGUAAAAUUCCGUGUUCGCAAUCCGCGCGAAAAUGACUGUCGAUUCGAUUCGCGAUGCCUUUGUCAGACUUUUUAAUUGGUGGAUCGAGCAAUCUUUUUUCUUCUGACAAGAAUGACACGACGGAAAAUCGUACACAUUUCUGUAAAGCGACGCUUCGAUCGGUUCAACCACUUAUUGGAUUAGUGGACAAUUGUCAACUAUGGAUAAUGUGAGCGACGUAUAUUACCUGGUCCAAUUGAUUGUCCGACAGAUUUGGAUAUUUUUGCAAGACUUUAUCUUCCGCGAAUUUACGUGGUUCGCGUCCACGGAGGAAAACCUCGACAACGCAGAUUCGAAGAUACGAGCUAUGCCACAGCAGCAUCCCAUCGCCGAUCUUUUCGUAUUUCUUGCGAUUUGCGGGCUGCUCUUCGCGUUCAUGAUACUGUCAGUGAAUUCUCCGAAGAACGAAGCAUCGGAUGACACGAGCAACAUUGAAACGAUUUCCAUGACUCUCGAGGAAGAUCCGUCAUCCUUUUGGUACCAAAGAACUACGAGAUCAAGCUUAAUAAGCUGCCAUCACGCUUGUGGCGAUUCGAUUGGUCCAUCGCAUAAUGUCGUUCCUAAGAUACAAAAUAUCUCGUCACCGAUUAUCUCGAACACUAGGAUAUCAGCACCUAGUUUGGAUCCUCCUCAGCAGAAAAUAAUAGAUCAAUCAACAUCAAGUCCCUCGUGUGACUUCAAUCCUAGUUCCUCAAAUCUCUGCAACAACACGAAUGAUAAUUUUAACGGUAUCGCAGACGAGAUAGCGCGAUUGUUCAAAAGUAAUCUCGGUAAUGCCUUUCUAUUUCACGAAAUUAAUUCUCUUUCUUCCUAUCUUAAUCCCUUAGCGUCUAGAAUCUCGAGAGCACGCUUGAGCUACGUUAAGCACACACGAAAAACGCAGACGGGUCGUGUUUCUCAAACGACACCCCGAGACUGGUUGAUAAGGCGCACCAGGAGCGGUCACGUUUAUGGGAAAUACCCGAUUUUUCGAAGAAGCGGUAACGCGUAGACGUCGAUGUCGAAGUCAAUGAAUGAGAG